UUCUAUGUGGUUCAACGUCACUCAGCCUUCAAACCCCAAUGUCAACAAUGCCGGCAAGGGGAGAGUCCGAAUCACCUCGUGUGUCCACACCUUGGCUAAAUAAGAACAUUGUUCCGCCGUGCAAUGCAGGAACCCAUUUCGCUACCGACACGAUAAGAUCACCAACAUCACUCUUCACAUACCCAUUCAUUUGGUAAACUGGGGUACGCUUUCCAUCUUUCAAUCGAUUUGCCCCAGUUAAAAGCGGUCUAAUUGAAGCUUAAAAUUGCUUAAAUUUGCUUAAAUUUGCUACCCUUGCUUACUACAAGCCAAAUUAAACGAAUACGGCACCUCAUGCAUAUGAGAACAUCGCUAAGCUGGCGAUUAGUGCUUCGUGAAGCUAUUGAGUUUAAGCUUGUACUGUAGGUUCUAGAUUACAAGUCAAGUAAUGAUCCCGGAGAACGUCUUCCCGUUUUUCUCUGGUCCACACCUUGGCCUGCUUGAUCUUCAAGUUUCUACAAAAGCCUCUGGUGUCACUGUAACAUCACUCGGAUGUCACAGAGGACCAUCUCUACCUGCAAAUUCUCGACCCAUGAUUCUGCGUUCGUCGACGCCUUCAUUAUUCGUUCCCAAUACAAAUAAUGUUUCCUCAAAGACAUGUUUGGGAAAGACCACGCGGUUAUGUUAUCUCUUGGUUAGCUUCUCAUGCUCUCGCCAAGAGAGGCUGUGUGGUUGUCUUGAUAUGUCACUUAUCUUUAAGUUUUGCCAUAUUACCCCUCACCAAAGUAGUCUUUAUUAACCCGACUAGAGGAGCUAGUGCUAACGAACAUAUAAACCGUUAUAAUUCCUUCAUUCUUUCAUAAGUUUUGUCCUGUUCAGUAAAUCAACUGCACAUAAAUUCAAUGAUGUUUCUUUCACGCUUUUUGGCUGGUGCUAUUCUGGCGUCAUCGAUAAUAUCCGCUCAGAAUGUCUCCUACUGUACGGGUGACGUAUGUUUUGCCGUCAACAUACCAGCCUCGACUGCUUCGAGUGGCUCAGGGGGUAUAUAUAUACAGAUGAGUGGACCAGAUACAAUGUCUUGGAUAGGCAUUGGACAAGGAUCCGCUAUGAGAGGUGCCAACAUUUUUGUAAUGUACGCCGAUUCGACUGGGAGCAAUGUCACAAUCAGUCCUAGGCUCGGUGUUGGGCAUGUAGAGCCAAAUUCCGACACUUCUGCCCAGGUCACUUUACUGGAUGGUUCUGGUAUAAUAAAUGGUCAAAUGGUAGCCAAUUUUAGAUGUUCAAAUUGUGAUAGCUGGAGCGGUGGGUCUAUGAGCUUCACUGAUUCUUCCUCGUCGUGGAUCUGGGCCCAUAAGACCGGCGCUGCAUUAUCGUCCAACAGCGUUGAUGCAGAUAUCGAAUUUCACGAUGCAUACGGAGUAGCCACUUUGAAUUUACAGACAGCCACCGGCGGAGAAAGCACGAACCCAUUCUUGACGGUUGGAUCCGUUUCUACGCCCAGCCAAACAUCCUCUGGCGCUAGUGAUGCUGCGAUUGGAUCAUCUGACAUAACGAGAGUGACCAUCGCACAUGGCGUUUUGGCUUCCCUUGCCUACGUUAUUCUCUUCCCUUCAGGUGCGAUCGCAAUUAGGAUCUUUAAUUUCCGUAAUUUGCUAUGGCUCCAUGCCGGCUGGAUGGUUGGCGCUUAUAUAAUUGUACUUGCGUCACUUGGAAUGGGGGUAUGGAUCGCACACAUGUCUAAUCUCCUCGGCAGCACCCACUCAAUCAUAGGCCUUGUUGUUGCCGGAUGCUUACUACUUCAGCCUAUCACUGGAUUGACGCACCACAUGUUAUACAAGCGUCACGGUGGUUCCAAUGUUGCAACUUAUCCCCAUGUUUGGUGGGGCCGUGCGGUUAUUACUCUUGGUAUUAUCAACGGUGGCUUGGGUCUGAGGUUAGCUGACAAUAGUAAAAAGGGUGAGAUCGCAUACGGCGUGAUCGCGGGUUUUAUGUGGGUUUUGUGGGUAGCAGUCAUUCUUUUUGCAACAGUGAAGAUCAGAGAACGUCGUGGCAGUGGUAUGGGUGGAUCUGGAACCUCAGUAAUCAGGGAGAAGUCAAGCACGGAAGGAUCCUACUUCCACAAUAACUCGUCGCCUCCUCAAUCUAUGCAGGGAGUACAUGAUCCUGCUAGAUCACCUACAUCUCAUCGUACUUAGACCUUAUAACGAUUUUUCAUACGUCAAACUGGGACGCUUAUUUAUGAUAGAAGCCACGAAGCCUGUAUAGUAGGGCUGGAUGCUAGUAACAACACAGGAUGGGUCUUGGAGGGGGGGGGAGUUUUUUUCAUAUUGUUUUUAGCGAAUAUUUUUCAUCCUCAUCU